AUGAAACGAUUGCUCUUCCCUUCUCCAACAUCAUCCAUCCUCACCCGAAGUUUGUUCAACAACAAACAAAUUGCUUCUUCAUCCUUCCUAUUUUCAUCAUCGGCUAGUUCCACUCGGUUCUUCUCUAGCUCAUUCUCAGCAAAUACAUCAGGACAACAACAACAAGUACCACAACAAAUUAAUGAAACAACAACUCCAUCUACAAGCACCCUGAAUUCAGCAUCGUCAUCAUCACUCACACCCCGAGGAAGAUUGUUCUUCAUUACAUUGGCUAAGAGCCCAAUCCAUCAAACCGAGGACAUAAAGGCUGCAAUUAGAGCUCUCAAAUUAAAGAAGCCUCACCAAGUUCAAGUGCAUAAAGAUACUCCACAAGUUAGAGGUUUAAUUUAUAAAUGUAGAUUGUUGUUGUCGGUGAAAAGUGUUUCCACUGCUGAAUUAUUCCCAGAAGGAACUCAACACUUACCACAACACGUUCGUUUGACCAUGGAGGAAAGGCGAGCUUUGAAGAUUAAAUCAAUGAGAGAAAAGAAGAGCUUGAAAUUAUUAACAGAGGAAUAUAUUGCUGAGAAGAAGGCAUCAUCACAAUAG